AUGUUUUCAAAAUAUGAUUUUCUAAAGGAUGUCAAUCCUGCCAAGGAGGACUGGAGGAUUAAGGUGAAGGUGGUUCUGGCUUGGAAAGUUCCUAACUUUCAACGUAGAGAUUUUGACGACAAUGUUGAAAUGGUUUUAUUGGAUGAACAGGAAUUGGUGAAGUUUGUGAACGUGUGGUGUCUGGUAGGAAGACGAAAAAUGGUUGUGUUGGAGCUUGACAACCUGAGUCUUUCGGCUGAUGGUGUGGAAAGUAGUAUGAGGAUGACUCAGCUGUCUACUCAGUCCUCCUAUUCUUACGAAAAUGAUUUUCUGAAGGAGACUGAAAAGAAGUCUAUCAGUGAUGUGAAGCUUUGUGGCGAGGUUACGACUUGCAUCACGUAUGAGACUAUAAAAUCUAUUGAGAGCAAAUACAACUGGUGGUACAAGUCUUGCAAAAAAUGUCCAUUUUUUGUUUGUGAGCAUUUUGAGAAGUGGUACUGUAAGAACUGCCAAAAACAUUGGGAAGAUUAUUAUCCGAGAUUUAGUGUUCAGGUAAGAGUUGUGGAUAACACGGAUUCCGAAUCAUUUCUUCUGUUUGAUCGCGACUGUGUGUCUUUGUUGGGGAUGAGUGCUGGUGAAUUGCGCGAGCUGCAUUUCAAGAGGGGUGCGGAUUUGGAUCAAUUUCCAGAAGAGUUAAAUGUUCUGAAUGAGAAGUCGAUGCUGUUCAAGCUAAAUAUCAAGCAAAAGGAUUUGAACUCAUACAGCGAGCCCAAGUAUAGUGUUUCUAAAAAUUUUAUCAGCAAAGACAUAAUCUCAGCGUUCAUUAAGUCUCUUAUCUUUGAAGUCGAUCCAAAUGAUGAAGAAAAUUUUGAGGAUGCAUGCGAAAAUGAAAUUGUAUCGUCAGAACUAGAAAAGGUUGCGGUAACCCAUUAUUUGAAUUUAUAUUGA